AUGCUACAGAACCAACCUGAUUUUGUGCACCAGUUAUACAGCGAAGCCAGCACCAUCCUUUGUCUUGAUGGCAACACCAGAGAGACAACCAGUGCUAUUCUGCAAAUCCACCAACUUCUCACGUCACUCAAUUAUAGGGGCAUAGAAAUUAAGAGUGCAAAAUCUUUAGAAUCUUGGAAUGAAGUUUUAGUAAGGUUGCAGGAGAAAGGCUACUUUGUUCUCAAUGACAUAUUUCCCUAUAUCGAUGAACAAAUUCUGCAGCAUCCAUUGACCUAUUUGUCUCAGAGCAAUUUUGAUUCUAAGCUCAAUGCUUCAGCUACAGCCCAAGAACAAGUAUCCAACUACAUAUUGGGUGGAGAAAUCCAGGAUGGAGGGUUUGUGGCUCCUGCAAAUAUUGAAGAGCAUGGUCCAGUCAAAAACUAUAACUUUCCAGAGGAGCAGCUACACCAAGUUCCCGAAUCUGAAAAGAUUCUUGAAGAUAAUUUUUCUUUGCAGUCAAACGGUUCACUUCAGGAUGCUAUGAACUCUGUACCUGUUCAUUUUUACACAACUAUUGAGGAACCCACCUGCUAUAGAGCCCCAAAAGCAUACUUAUGCUUCUAUUUUGAAAUGAAGUCGGUGUAUGUGAGAAACGUUCCAGCGACGAUGGCUGCUUUUGAAAUUACGGAAGAAUUCAGGAAAUUUGGUAAACUUACAUCUGAUGGUGUAGCCAUUAGACCCCGAAAGCUUUGUUCUUUUGGGCUUUGUCCGUUUAAUUAA